AUUUCCAGACCCUUAAUCAUCUUGGUUUCCCUUCUCCGCACAUGUUCCAGCUUGUCAAUAUCCUCCUUACAUUGCUGGUUCAAAUCACUUCCACUCGCUAGAAUAAACACGUGUAGUUUUAAUAACCUGGAUGAGGAUUCUCAUGAGCCUGCCUUUUAAAGACCAGCAACCUGAGACUGGAGGCAAAGAAUUCUUGCUCCUUUCAAUGGAAUCCGCAACAUCUCCCUGGCCUGGGACAUACGGCAUGAGUGUCUGCUGCUGCUGAAAGGGCUUUGGUUUGGGGUUGGAAAGCUGCUGACCCAGAACUUUUGUGAAGUUCUGGCAAGGAGCAGUGCCAACAUGCUGAUGGGCUGACUCGCAGGCAGGCUGUUAAUCUUCUCCAAACCGUCAGCUGGGAGGCCUCUGCAUAAUGGCUCUGUAUUGUGGAGUGGAGCCCUCACUAUUGAAGUGAAAGGCAAUGGGUGGGGUCUGCUGGAUGGAGUUGCUGCUGCCUCAGCACCCCUCGAAAGCCAGGGAUGCGCUCAGAGGCAAGCGCAUAAAUAGGCGUCUGCUUCCUCUGCCUGCCUGCCUGCCUGUCAGAGUUUCCAACAGCAUCUGGAAAAGGAGGUAUGAAUGUGUCCUCACCAGACACAUGGUUACCCUGGAGUCCUUCGCAUAGCGCUUCCCUACCUCCAGCAAAAGCUUUUGAAUGUCAUACUUAAGCUUUUGAUCCAUGUUAUCCCCCCACAGCCAAAAAAAAGGGGUAGAUGAGACCUAAAGACAGUAAGUUGUAUGUAACGGCAUCUGUCUUUGUACCAGCGACAGCAGUGAGGGAAGGCCAGGAAGAUGUCGCGGAGGGCCUUGGGAGGGUGGGGAACUGGAACACCAGGCAGUGGAAUUCCAAGACUGAAACCUGAAGGAAGCUGCAAGUGAGGUGGCGUCUUGAACUACAACUCAUUGUGGGUCAGUGGGUGGGCAGAGUGCUGAGAGGAAUCUUACAGGGUUGAUCUGUAGCAGCAAAAAUGCAGUGUGCUGCUCUGCAGUUCCUUGAGGUGCAGAGCUUUGAGUCAUGCACUCUUGGAGGAGAACCUUCCAUGUGUCUCUGCCUCCCUGAAGCUUAGAACUGCAGAGUUGGAAGGAAUCCUAAGGGUCAACCAGCUUCACCAGUAAUAAGGAAUGAGAAAAAGACCAGCUGGGUGUGGGAUGUGUUUACUCUCCACCCCUGUGUCCCCUGUCUCCAGUCCAAUGAAGUUGACAGUUGCCUCCAUCACAAAUAGGUUCCUCCCCAAAGCUCUCCUGCCCUUUUGGUCUUAAAGCUAGACAAUAAAGUAGGAAUGACCACUGCCUUACUUUGGCCAGUUCUUUGCAGAUCAAUCUCCCAGAGUCCCUGGAGACUGGGAGUCUCCUUAUGCAGAUGAUGAUCUCUUCAUUCUCAUGCUCUCUGGCAGAAAGCCUGGCAGAAAUCUUUGGCAGAGAGGAUUUUCCUCCUUGGAGCAAUAACCAUCUCUAACUUGCACGGGGAUGGGGGCGGGACAGGGUUUGAUUGCAGACACCAUGACUGAACAACAGACCCCUAUGGAGGAGAUGGCAGCUGCGGAGAGCCCAGAGGAAAUGGGGCCAAAUUACAAGGUCACCCUCUUCGAGAUGGAGAAUUUCCAGGGCAGGAAAUGUGAGCUCAUGGAUGAGAACCCCAACGUGACGGAGAAGGAGUUGGACAAAGUGGGCUCCAUCCAGGUGGAGGCUGGCCCGUGGCUCGGGUUUGAGCGUCAGGCAUUCAGUGGCGAGCAGUUUGUGUUGGAGAAGGGCGACUACCCUCGCUGGGACUCCUGGUCCAACAGCCACUACAGUGACAGCCUCCUCUCCAUUCGCCCCCUACUGAUCGACAGUGCAGACCACAAGAUCCACCUCUUUGAAAACACCAGCUAUGGGGGCAGGAAGAUGGAGAUCGUGGAGGAUGACGUCCCCAGCUUGUGGGCUCAUGGCUUCCAGGACCGCGUGGCCAGCAUUAAGGCCCUGAAUGGAAUAUGGGUGGGAUAUGAGUAUCCCGGGUACCGUGGCCGCCAGUACGUCUUUGAGAAGGGUGAGUACUGCCACUGGAAUGAGUGGGAUGCCAGCCAACCUUUGAUCCAGUCAGUGCGGCGCAUCCGGGACCAGCAAUGGCACAAAAGAGGCUGCUUUGAGGAAAGCUAAAGUAAUAGCGAGUCACAUUCAUCAAGGAGAAGAAACAGAAAUGAGACCCUCCCCUCCCUGAAGUGCUGGCAAAAGGCCGUGUUUUGCUGUCUAAAUAAAAAUAAAGCCUAAUGUUCUCAAUAAAGUUC